AUGCCCGCAAGAACCAAGAUCCAUUCGUUUUCGAAGCUGGAGGCAGUUGUUAUACACGAUGCAGAACCAGCAGACUUUGAACGUGCUAUUUCAGCUUCUGGUUAUGGUAAAUUCAACAUCAUCCUAUACAUCAUAUCAACAGCAGCAGGAUGGUCGUUCGUCUUCGAAACCACCACGAUGUCAUACGUUUUUCCAGCGGCAGAAUGUGAUCUUCAGCUCACACUAAACCACAAGGGCUGGCUUAAUGCUGUUACUUAUGCAGGUAUGAUAUCAAGUGCGUUCGUUUGGGGAUUCCUUUGUGACACCUUAGGCCGAAGAAAACUUUUAAUCAUUGGAUUUUUACUCGAUGGAUUAUUCUUAAUGAUAGCAGCGCUCUCGCAAAACUUUCAACUGCUGAUGGUAGCUAAAUUUCUUGGAGGAUUUAUUAUUAAUGGACCUUUUGCGGCACUAACGGCAUAUCUAUCUGAAUUUCACUGUGCUAAACAGAGGGCUAGAGUGCAAAUGGUUUUGGGCGCUAUCUUCAGCUUAGGAAAUCUCAUACUGCCGUUACUUGCCCUUCUUAUCCUUCCGCUCAAUGUAAACCUUAAAGUCGGAAUUUUGGAAUUUCAUUCCUGGAACAUCUAUUUAAUGGUGAGCUCCCUGCCGGCACUUGCCAGUGGUGUAGCAUUCAUUUUUCUUCCUGAAAGUCCGAAGUUUCUUAUGUCCACUGGAAAUAACGAGAAGGCCCUUCGUGUAUUUAGAGAAGUAUAUCGAGUUAACACCGGACAUUCAGAGGACAGUUAUCCGAUCAAAUACCUGAUCGACGAAACUAAAAUUAACAACUUCGACUUGAAUACCAGUAGUAGUGACGUAGCAGUAACCAGGACCAAUACUCAGAUGUUAAAAGAAGGUUUCCACCAAAUCAAACCAAUAUUUAAAGCUCCUCACGUAACCAAAAUCUUUCUGGUGUUUCUUUUGCAGUUUAUGAUCAUGAUGGGAUUGAACACUCUAAGACUAUGGCUUCCACAAAUCUACCAGGCGAUGAACGAUUACAAAUUCUACAAUAAUGAAAGUGCCACACUUUGUGAGACUUUGGAAAUAUUUCAACCAAAGACUGAUACUUUUAAUCUAACCGGAGAACCAUGUGAAGUGAAUUCAAAUAAUACAGAGGUGUACACAAAUUCCAUGAUAGUGGCUACGACAAGUAUCAUCGGAUACAUUACAGCAGGAACGUUGAUCAAUUCUUUGGGAAAAAAGAAGUUAUUGAGUAUCUUGGGAUUCAUAUCGGGAUCCAUGGCGAUGACGUUGUACUUUUCAAAAAAUGUAACGUCUACGAUAGCAUUUUCCGCGAUGUUUGUUACGUUUGGUAGCAUAGGAAUAAAUGUUAUAUUAGCAGUUGUAGUAGAUUUGAUACCAACUUCUUUAAGGACUAUGGCUGUAUCCCUUACAAUGAUGUUCGGAAGAUUUGGUGCAGCGCUAGGAAACUUGAUUUUCCCCUUUUUGUUAGAGUCAGGAUGUGCACCUCCAUUUUUCUCUGUCGGAUCUGUGAUGAUUGGCUGUGCUUUCUUGGCAUACUUCCUUCCAAAUACGGAUAUGAAAGCAUUGCUCUAA